CACUGAUUUGGCUUCAUAACUUUGAAAGCUCAUUUGUAUUUCUUAGGUACUUUGGGUCUCUCCUGAUAGCAGCAGCCAUGUCUUCUCUCACUAAGAGUGCAAGCAGUACUUCUAGUGAUGAAGAUGCUGAGCUUCGAAGAGGGCCAUGGACUGUUGAAGAAGACACACUUCUCAUUCAUUACAUUGCUUGUCAUGGCGAAGGCCGCUGGAAUUUGCUUGCAAAGCGUUCAGGAUUGAAGAGAACUGGCAAGAGUUGUAGAUUGAGAUGGCUGAAUUAUCUGAAACCGGAUGUUAAGCGUGGAAAUCUCACUCCUCAGGAACAGCUAAUGAUUCUUGAGCUUCAUUCCAAGUUGGGAAACAGGUGGUCCAAGAUUGCACAACAUCUACCAGGAAGAACAGAUAACGAAAUCAAAAACUACUGGAGAACUCGUGUUCAAAAACAAGCUCGGCAUCUUAAGAUUGAUUCCAACAGCACUGCAUUUCAAGAAGUGAUUCGGUGCUUUUGGAUGCCGCGGCUGAUUCAAAAGAUACAGGGAUCAUCUGCUUCUCUAGACAUAACAUUUCAAAACUCAGCUAAUGCAUCACCACCACCACCUGUUCCUGCACAAGGGCUGGUAAACAAAAUCGAAACAACACACAGUUUGGGGUACCAGCAGAUGAAUACAAGCACAGAGAAAUGCCCAAGCCCGAGCCUGUCGUCUUCAGAAUCCAUGAAUAUCUCACAAGCUCCUCAAGUUUCAAAUUACUCAUCAAAUGCAGUUCAUGCUAUGGAUAACAGUGACUAUAACCCAUUUCUAGGAUGUAAUUACAAUGUCAACAACAUUGGCUAUGGCCUGGAAACAUUCAGCCCAGCACCUUUUUCAGGGACUGGUGACUUCAAAGAUCUAAUUGGUGAUUACCAUACUGGAGAAAAUAAUUGGAUUGUGGAUGAUUUGUGGAACAUGGAUGAAUUAUGGCAGUUUAUGCAAUUGCAGGAGAGGAAGACUUAACGAUUUUCUUGGCCCAAAGGUUCACCUAGGGUCAUUGUUGCUCAAUGGACAACCCAGAACCAGUGUCUCAAGUCUGAGAUGAAGAUUACACUUUUUGAAGAUUAAGCUUUUAUCUGAUCCUUCGUUUUGAUUUUCUAUCCACGGCUAAAGGAGCAAUUGUUGAUACAUAGGCUACCUUUGGUGAAAUUACAAUCAUAUCUUUUUCCCCUUUUUGCAUUGAAGUGCGCAUGUAUAAGUAUUUUCCAGGAUUUGUU